CAGGCCCCUGAGGACAGACCCGGCGGUGCCUGCCCAGCCGGGCAGAGCUGGACUCUGGGCACCUGGAGCUGCAGACCUGCCCCGAGGGAGCCGCUUCCCCCAGACCCAGGCCUGGCUUCCCUUGGCCCAGCACCCCCGAGGGUGCUACCAUGGGCUCUGACUUCUGCUGACUGGACCUGGGCAGGAGGUGCGCUGCCACAACAGGCGGCCCGCAGCCGUCGCCAUGGCUUCUGCCAGCGUGGAGAGCCAGCUCCAGAGGAUCAUCCGUGAUCUGCAAGGUGCCGUGACAGAACUAAGUAAAGAAUUUAAGGAAGCAGGGGAACCCGUCACGGAUGACAGCACCAGCCUGCAUAAGUUCUCUUACAAACUCGAGUAUCUCCUCCAAUUCGAUCAGAAAGAGAAGGCCACCCUCCUGGGCAACAAGAAGGACUACUGGGAUUACUUCUGCGCCUGCCUGGCCAAGGUGAAAGGCGCCAACGAUGGGAUCCGAUUCGUCAAGUCUAUCUCGGAGCUCCGCACGUCUCUGGGAAAAGGAAGGGCAUUUAUUCGCUACUCCUUGGUGCACCAGAGGCUGGCCGACACCUUGCAGCAGUGCUUCAUGAACACCAAAGUGACCAGUGACUGGUACUAUGAGAGAAGCCCCUUUCUGAAGCCGAGGCUGAGCUCUGACAUUGUGGGCCAGCUCUACGAACUGACCGACGUGCAGUUUGACCUGGCGUCCAGAGGCUACGACUUAGAUGCCGCCUGGCCAACGUUUGCCAGGAGGACACUGUCCCCCGGCUCCUCUGCUUACAUGUGGAAGCCCCCCAGCCGAAGCUCCAGCAUGAGCAGCUUGGUGAGCAGCUACCUGCAGACUCAGGAAAUGGCCUCCAGCUUUGACCUGAGCAGCACCCUGAACAAUGAGGCACUGGAGGGCUUUGAUGAGAUGCGGGUGGAGCUGGACCAGCUGGAGAUGCGGGAGAAGCAGCUGCAGGAGCGCAUACAGCAGCUGGACAGAGAGAACCAGGAGUUGAGGGCAGCUGUCAGCUCGCAGGGAGAGGAGCUGCAAAUGGAGAGGGAGAGGGGCCGCAGUGCUGCCCAGGACAACAUUCGCCUCACUCACGUGAUGGCUGGGCUCCAGAAGCAGCUGGAGAUCACCCAGGCCACCCAGAACACCAUGACAGAGCUGCAGGCCUGCCUGCAGGCCCUGGAACUGGGUGCUGCAGAGAAGGAUGAGGACCGCCACUCGGGCCUGCGGCGACUGGAGCCCAUGCUACAGCUGCUGGCACAGGAGCUCCAGGCCACCCGGGUCUCACUGGGCAAGAAGAACCAGCUUUUAGCUAGUGUCCCAGAUCUGCCGGGCACAGCUGAGCAGAAGGCAGAUGUGGCACUAGACACAGAGGGGCAGCAGCAGCUCAUCCCCAAUGCCUCCGCCUGGGAGAUCCAGGAGCUGGGGGAGAAGCUUCAAGCUCUAGAACAAGAGAACACCAAGGUCCAGGAGCUCAACAGGCAGCAGAGUGCCCAGCUGGAGCAGCUGGCCAACGAGCUGCAGCUGAAGGAGGAGGCCCGGGCUGGCAUGGAGCACCUCGUGGGGGAGACGUCCUCACUCCAGGAGGAGCUGUCCGGGAAGAGGAAGGAGGCAACCGAGCUCCAGCAACAGCUGCAGGAGGCGCUGACCCACUUGAGCUCCGCAGAAGAAGCUCUGGCAGAGGUGAGGCAGGAGGAGAAGCGGCAUGCACAGGAGAAGGAGCUGCUACAGCAAGAGGCCAGGUCCCUGAUACGGCAGCUGCAGCUCCUGGAGACACAGCUGGCACAGGUGAGCCAGCAUGUGAGUAACCUGGAGGAAGAGAAGAAGCAGCUCAUCCGGGACAAAGACCACCUCAGUGAGAAGGUGGGGACACUCGAGCGGCUUGCUGGGCAGCUAAGCUCAGGUCUGCCUGUGGAAGGUGAGAGGAAUGAGGCUCUGGAUUCCACCCUUCAGGAUUCCACCCCACAACAGGCCUUGGAGGUGCCAGGGGAGCAGAGAGGCCUGCAGGAGGGAUCGAUAGGCAAUACCAAAAUGGAAGGGAGCGGCCAGGAGGAGGAGCUGCAGCAGGCCAACAGGGAGUUGGAGAAGGAGCUGCAGAGUGUGGUAGCACGCAACCAGCUCCUGGAGGACAAGCUGCAGGCCCUGCAGGCUGAUUACCAGGCACUGCAGCAGCGGGAGGCAGCCAUCCAGGGCUCCCUGGCUUCCCUGGAGUCCGAGCAAGCCAGCAUCCGGCACAUGGGUGACCAGAUGGAAGCCAGCCUCCUGGCUGUGAAGAAGGCCAAGGAGACCAUGAGGGCCCACAUGGCAGAGAAGGAGUCUGCUCUGCAGAGCAAGGAGGUCGAGUGCCAGCAGCUGCGGGAGCAGGUGGAGCAGGGCCGGCAGCUGGCAGAGGCCCGGGAAGGGGAGCUCAAAGCUUUGGAGAGCCAGUGCCAACAGCAGACCCAGCUGAUCAAGACCCUCACAGCAGAAAAAGGCCAAGAGGGGCUCAGCUCACUUCAAGAAAACACAUCUCAGGAGCUGGCUGCCCAGCUGGUCCUGUCUCAGGCGCAGCUGGAGGUCCACCAGGGGGAGGCUCAGCGAGUGCAGGCAGAGGUGGUGGACCUUCGGGCCAAGCUCCAGGCAGCGCUGGGUGACCAAGAGAAGGUACAGAGCCAGCUGAACAUGACCGAGGCAGCUCUGCAGGAGCACAAGGCCCUUGUGCAGCAACUGAAGGAACAGAACGAAGCCCUCAACAGAGCCCACGUCCAGGAGCUGCUGCAGUGCUCAGAGCAGGAGGGGACACUGCAGGAGCAGAGGGCCCAGGAGGCCCAUCUGAAGAUGGAGGAGCUCCACGCCCUACAGGAAGAGCUGUCUCAGGCCAAAUGCAGCUCCCAGGAAGCCCAGCUGGAACAUGCUGAGCUGCAGGAGCAACUGCACCGGGCCAACACGGACACCGCUGAGCUUGGCAUCCAGGUCUGCGCACUGACUGCUGAGAAAGAGCAGAUGAAGGGUGUAUUGGCUCGCACCAUCCAGGAGCUCCAGGAUGCCAAAGAGGUAGCCUCCAGGGAGCGAGAGGAUCUGCAACACCAGGUGGCGGAGCUGCAGCGAGAGAAGGAGGGCUUGCAGGAGAAGCUGAAGGUGGCUGAGGAGGCAGCUACCUUACUGCCUCGUCUGCAGGACCAGCUGGCCCAGGCCGAGCAGCGGGCCCAGAGCCUCCAGGAGACUGCACACCAGGAGCUUGACACCCUCAAGUUCCAGAUGAGCACCGAGAUCAUGGACUACCAGAGUAAACUUAAGACUGCCAAUGAAGAGUGCAGGAGCCUCCAGGGCCAGCUCCAGGAGCGAGGCCAGCAGCUGCAGGCCGCCAAGGAGGCGGUGGGGAGGCUGGAGGCUGCCCAGGCAGAUGUGGGAGAGAAGCUGAGCCGCACCAGCACGCACCUCUCAGAGUGCCAGGCCGCCAUGCUGAAGAAGGACGAGGAGGGGGCCGCCCUGCGCGAAAACUUGGACAGGACCCAGAAGGAACUUGAAAAGGCCACCGCAGAAAUCCAAGAGUAUUACAACAAACUCUGCCAGGAGGUGACAGACCGGGAGAGGAAUGACCAGAAGCUGCUGGCUGACCUGGAUGACCUGUCUAGAACCAAGAAGUACCUGGAGGAACGGCUGAUAGAGCUGCUCAGGGACAAGGAUGCGCUCUGGCAGAAGUCAGAUGCCCUGGAGUUCCAGCAGAAGCUCAGUGCGGAGGAGAAGCUGCUCGGGGACACAGAGGCCCCCCACUGCCUCGACUGCAAGCGGGAGUUCAGCUGGAUGGCGCGGCGGCACCACUGCAGGGUAUGUGGCCGAGGUUUCUGUUACUACUGCUGCAACAACUACGCCGUGACAAAGCCCGGGGGCAAGAAGGAGCGCUGCUGCCGGACCUGCUUCCAGAAGCUCAGUGAAGGCCGGGCCUCCCCCGACAGCACCAGCUCAGGCGCCAGCCACGGGCAGCCCAGUCCCACCCGGUCACCAGCCCAGGCUGGGCUCCAGGCCACCGGCGGCCAAGACGCACACACGGACCUCCGGUCCCCAGACGACACCAUGUUCGACAUCAUCACGGACGAGGAGUUGUGCCAGGUUCAGGAGUCCGGCUCCUCCUUGCCUGAAACACCCACUGAGACCGAUUCUAUUGACCCAAACAUGGCUGAACAGGACGCCACGUCACACUCGCUGACCCCGGAGGACAACGACGUGCUGCUGGGGCAGGACGCUGAGAUCCGCCUGCUGCGGUCGGGAGAGCUGAUGAUAAAAGUGCCCUUCACAGUGGAAGAGAUCGCCCACUUUGGGGAGGGCAGCAGGGAGCUGUUCGUGCGGUCCAGUACCUACAGCCUCAUCCCCAUCACCGUGGCCGAGGCGGGCCUCACCAUCAGCUGGGUCUUCUCCUCCGACCCCAAGAGCAUCUCCUUCAGCGUGGUCUUCCGGGAGGCGGAGGACACACCGCUGGAACAGUGUAAGGUCCUCAUUCCCAUGACCCGAUGCAGUUCCCACAAGGAGAACAUCCAGGGCCAGCUCAAGGUCCGCACACCGGGCACCUACAUGCUCAUCUUCGACAACACCUUCUCCAGGUUUGUCUCCAAGAGAGUGUUUUAUCACUUGACAGUCGACCGGCCAGUGAUCUAUGAUGGAAGUGACUUCCUGUAGCCUCGAGCACCUGGAUUCUCAGUUUCACUUUACCCACAAGAAAUGCCACUUUUCUCACCUGUCACAUAAAACACUAAAACAAAAACAAACAACAGAAAAACAGCCACUCCAGAGCCGAUCAACUGUGCAACUUCAGGCCACAGGCCCUCGCCGCUCCGCAAAGCUGCUCUGUGCACCGGCUCGCCCUGGGCUGCAGCGGCAUUUCCAUCGGUUGGGGGUCUGACCGCACUCGAAGCCAAAGGGAUGCUCCGCUGAAGGGUUCCACCCCCCCACUCACCCUCCCCACCCCCCGCGAGGACACAGUUGAUUCCAAGGCUCCUGUAGAGUUUCACAGGCCAGCGGUGACACCAGUGUCUGCCCGUGGAGCGAGUGGCCCGGCUCUGCCCAGCCUGGGCCCAGGCAUCCUGAGUGGCCAUGACCCAGGAUGCCCUUGCCAGACCCUGUGACGUCCUCGGGUCCUCCCAGGACACAAGGUUCAGGGUGCCCAGGGGCCCUUCCAAGAUCUCAGCCAGCCUCUUCCCGUCAUGUUCUUGUCCCUCUCUGCCCCGGUGAGUCUGGGGUCACUCCCAGACCCAGUGAUUUCAGGAAGGCCUCCAACUGCACCAUCCUCCUGGCCCUCCUGUCUGGACACAUCUGUCCUGGGGCAAAGGGCCUCACUCCUCCAGGCUUCUCAUCUGUUCAAAAUGUCACCCUGAGAAGGAGAACUGAAGACAAAUCUGGAAGCAGAACCCGAAUACGCAGGGCCUGCAGUAGCCGUCUGUGUACAGCUGGCUGAAGCCUAGUGCUGGCCAACGUCAAUGCCAUGAUGAGGAAGUAGGAUCGCGCCAUGGCCUCGAGGUCCCACUUCUCAGCUAAUGACCUUUGUUUACACAAAUUAGGGCUCAGCUUUACGUGCAGACGUGUUUACUGAAGAUCCUAGUCAGGAUGAGAGCCACUUUCAAAUCAACAAGUCUUCGGCGACUCAAGUGUAAACAGGUGUGAUUCGUGAAUCUGCCCUCUGUUCACCUUUUGGUCCCAAGUCCCCACCGGCCAGAUUCCCCAGCACUGCCCCCAACCACUUCCUGCUGCUCAGCCUGUGCCUGUGCCAGCAGAUCAGUCCUGUUUUCUUUUCAGGGACAAGAAAGUGAUAACUUUCUGUUCUACCCUUUUUCUGCCACAGAAAGUCACCUUUGUUGGCCUCUCUGCCUGUUCAGGGUUGGGGGAGGGCCGAGUGCUAGGCCCGGGCAGUCCUCUAGGUCGCCUGAUGACCAGGGCAAGUCACAGCACCUCAGGGCUUCGUUUUGUCUCCUACAAAUCUGACCUGGCUGGUUUCGAGAGCUCAGGACAGGCGGGGCCCCAGGCUGAGUCUGGCAGAGACUGCACAUGCCCUGGGCAGAGUGCUCUCCUGGGGACGGGUGGAGGACAUGAGUUUUGCAAUGGACUCAGACCCCUCAUUUAAACAGGAGACUCGGGUGCUUCCGGUUCAUUUAAAUGGGGACUGGUGACCAGAACCUUCCAAAGAAAAGAUGGGCCUUGUGCUCUCUUUGGAGCAGCCUCUGGCAGAAAGCCAUCAGAGUCUCUACCCUCUCCUGCUGGCUCAGGGCCUGCUGGUGCUCAGCACCAAGAGAGAAAAUGUCCAGGCCCCCAGGGCCUUCAUGGCCACGUGCUGGUCCUCAUAGGCAAUCCGCAGCACCAGUCUGGCAUCUUGUGAGUACUGAGCUUUCCCAGGACACUAUGGACAGUCCAGGCUGAUGGCCCUCCACUAGGGUCGCCACUAUCUGCAGCCAGAACCAUCGUCUAGUGAAUGCGCGUAUGUUUCCCUCGAAACGCAGCAGCAUUCCAUCGGAGCGAGGUCCUAGUGCAGCUUAAAAAACCACGUGGCUCUUCGACCCAGAGCCACUCCUGCCGAGCAGGCGCCCCGUGGUGAGCACCCCGCACCGUCAGCUGCAGUUGGCGAAAGGGCCUUGGCUGUGCUCGGGGGACCGCCCAAUCGCUGGUGGCUGCAGCCUGCCUCUUAGCCUGUUUACUUUUUGUGCUGGACGGACCCCUGUCCUUUGUUAUUUUGCUGUGUGAGCUCGAGUUUGCUGUGCACUCUGCAGCUGGAGAACUUGCCCUGUUUAAGUGGCUUGUAUAAAUAGCUGUAUUAUUUCAGACAGGCCCCCAGCUUUAGUGAGGCUUUGGGGUUGGGGAACCUUCUAAAAAUGCAAACGACAAUGAAGGACUAUUGAAGGUGGUAGCCCACCCAGUAGGCGAAAUUGCACUAGAAAUCAGCAGGGGGGAGAUGCCCCUGGGACCCCCAGAUCACUUCACGCACACACAGCAGCCCCUUUGUGGCCCACAGCUCUCCGAGUAACAGUCGCCUGUUUUUAGUGCUGACGCUGGCUGUCACCACGGCCUCAGAAGCCACUAAACCUCCGUGAGGACAUGGCCUCAGGGGGCACACUCACCCACAAGGAAGUGUUUGGGAGAAAGUGUGGCCUCUGCAGAGCUCUGGCUGGAGCCCACUGGACGGCAGUUCGACCAAACCAAGAGCAGACAUGUUCUCACGCAGGGCUCUGGCACUGAAAGCCCCCUGGGGUUGGGGAGGUGGCAAUAAAAAGCCAUGCAAUGUGACUCCAAAAUGAAGGGGGUGGUUUUUCUGGACAGUUGUCCCCCACCUGCGGUGCUGAAGCUCAUGUGAAAGGAAGUACCCCAUUUGGGCAUGAAGGCUCAGAGUCUCUAUCUUAUGGUGCUGGUAGAUGUCCACUGAGAGUUUCAUAGGAGUUCCGUUUUGUGGGAGGCUCUGGCCCAGGAGCCUCGAGAAUUCAGGCAGAGAGGAGCCGAUCGUGGUGGUUAGGGCCCCGGGCCGCCCCUCGCGGAGACGGCUGCAUCAGCCCUCCCCCGGGAGAGACGCAAAAGGCACUUUCUAGUGAAAACUUGGGUAAGUUUUUCUCAUUGGGAUUCUUUCAAGGAAAUGGGAAAGACUGAAUAGAGCUUUUUUCCUCUUAAUCACUUUUUAAAAAUAAUGAAGUGGACCUUUGAAUUUUGGGAGGCAUUUCUCAUAAGAAUGCUUCCAUAGAACUUUAUGACGGGUCAUCCAGAGACGCUCCUGCCUCUGGUGUCUGCCGCACCGGGGCCUCUGUUGCUCGGCUUCUGAUUGGAAUUGCACUUGAACUGACCAGCCCUCAAUUUUUGUGGCCUUAUGAGAUAGUGGGUCUAGGAACCCAGUCCCUCCUUAUCUGCCAAAGAGUUACCCAGAAGCACAUCAGAUGCCAACACCCCGCCUGCCCGGUGGAGGUGAGAAACUUUGUAUCCCAAAACAUUUCUUUAUAGCAUCUGCUGCAUCAUUUGGAAAUGUAUUUUUAACCUCAGGAUUUAAAUAAACACUAUGAUAUUGA